AUGACGAUCACCUUACAAGAUGUGGCAGGCAUAUUGGGCUUGCCGACUGACGGCAUUGUCGUCACCGGAUCGACCUCUGAGGAUUGGCACGCUGCUUGUGCUGCUAUUUUUGGACAUGUUCCAGAGGCCGGUGAGUUCCAUCAUUCCGGCGACCUCCGCAUCUCAUUCUUGGAUCGGCAUUAUACCCGAUGGACUGAUCAUGAGGGGAAUCACGCUGCCGAGAUCUACUUCACAAAAGCCCACAUUGCCCGGAUGUUGGGGACUUGGUUGCUGGCGGACAAGUCUGGAGGUAGCAAUUUUGGUUGCCGGCUUGUCCCGUUGCUAGGUGGAGGAUUUGAGGACAUUGGCCGAUUCAGCUGGGGAUCUGCGGUUUUGACACACUUGUUCAGGAAUUUGUGUGAAUUGACAGAUGCCCGUCGAACUGACAUGGAUGGUUGUCAUAUUCUCCUUCAAAUUUGGGCGUGGAUACGAUUCCCACCCAUUGCUCCACCCUUCCUCCUCAUCCAGAGUCGGGCACACAUUAUGGAUGCCGAAAAGUUUAAACCUCAUGAGGUCACCCAUUAUCGGGCAACAUUGGACACACUCUGUAGAGAUGAGGUGGUUUGGCAGCUAUAUAUCGAUUAUGAGUGGCUUGACGUGACUCUAGAGCAGCAGUACUUGUGGCUUGCUGUCACACCUAUUAUCUACUUCCACACAGUAGAGGCAUGUCAACCGGAUAGGUGCAUGCGACAGUUCGAUCUUGAUCAACCCAUCCCGGAUAAAUCUAGAAAGUUGAGAGGAAUACAUGAUCAUACUCUACGGGGGAAGGUUGAAGAGAACUGGAGACGUAAGCUGAAGGAUCACAUUGAUCGAUGGAAUACCAGGAUUCAGCAUAUUAUUGACGGUCUUGAAAUGCUUUAUCAUGCAACAACGGUGGAGGAGUUUCCUCGAUUUGGCCUAGAGUAUAUCCACGAGGAGAUUGGCCGGAUUAUUGGAAUGUUUCGCGAGAGUUCACGAGUUGAUGAGCCUGGACCUUAG